AUACCCUACAUGUCAUACAUGUACAUGGUGUCUAAAUAGAUCAGUACAGUAAACUCGGGUAACAAUUUGCUUCCUAAAAAUGGCCACGUAUAAAGAUCUUUGGGAAGCUGUAUCCAGAAACAACCUGCAGGAAGUACAGAAAAUACUGUCUUCCGGAAGCAACAUUGACCUGAAUAAACCAUUUGGCUUACACGUUCAGGAGAGUUCCGUGAAUCAGCAUAGUGUCUUCCGAACACAAUAUCCAAUGGACAAAACUGGAAAUUAUCUGCUGCAAGCCUGUCUUUUCAGUUCCCCUGUCGUUGUCAGUGCUUUGGUCAAAGCUGGCGCAAAUGUCAACAAGAGUGGCGUGGUGAUGUGCAAAUCAAAUUUGAACUCUAAAGCUGCUGGAAUUGAUGUUUAUGAGAAAAAGUACAACGCCACACCUUUGAUACUUGCUGUCAUCCAGAGGAAUGUAGAACUUGUGAAAAAAUUGCUUCACCGCUGUGGUGCUGACGUAAAUGGAAGGAACGAUGCAGGUUUUUCUGCCCUACACCUUACAGUCAAGCCUGCCCGUGGCUUCAGAUUGUUUGGGUAUGAAAAAAUCAACGGUUCCAGAACAGAAUCAUCAUCACAAGGCGAGGAAAUUGCCAGCUUACUGCUAAGAGCAGGGGCAACAGUGGACUUGCAGGACAAAAAGGGUCGAACUCCCCUUCAUAUUGCUGUCAUGGAAAACGAUGUCGCGGCAGCCAAGAUACUAAUUCAGUAUGGGGCAAGAACCGACAUACCAAACCACGAGGGCUUAACGCCCCUUUACAGUUCUAGCCGUAAACGUCUCACUGAGUAUGACAUGUGCAAGCUGCUGAUACAGAAGUCCAACUCAAGUGCUCUGAAUUGUGCAGAAAAUGAUGAUGGCACCCCUCUGCUGCAUGCUAUGAUAGAGAAACUGAUUGAUAUUGACAAUAAACGUCGCAGAUGUGAUCAUGAAAGCGUGACACCUAAUAUUCCCGGUUCAGGGCAGGUGAUAGCUCCAUGCACACCUGUGCAAUGUCGUGAAGAGGCAGUAGCUGUUACAGUAGUAAAAUUGCUCAUCGAAAGUGGUGCUGACUUGAAGGCCAAAAACAACCAUUUCACUCCUCUACACCUGGCAGCUCAGCAUGGCCUGAUCAACGUCAUAAAACUCCUGGUAGAAGCAGGAGCAGACAUCCAUGCAGAAACUCCAAACACGGGUCUGACCCCUCUGGAUAUGGCUGAACAUGGAAGGAAGCAUGAUAUUGUCGACUAUCUGAAAACAGCGAUAGAGAGUGACACUUGUAGAGGAGAAAAGAACAAACGAGAAGAACCAAGUGUUGAGCAAGAAGACAAAGUAGAGCCACAAAAGUCAGACACAUCUGUAAAAGAAGAAGAAGAGUCACAGAAGUCAGACACACCUGCGGAAGGGAUUGAAUCUCUUGAAGAAGGAGCAGUGGGAGGGUUUGGACAAGUGUUCAUCAGUGAGGAAGGAAAACCUGUGGAGGAGUGACAUUUGUUAACAAUAUGUGCGUC